AUGUCCCGGUUUCCUUUUACCCAUCCUGCUGUGAUAACAGUGCUUCUGUUAACUCUUGCAACCAUUCUGGUUGUUAGCUCAGAUCAGGAACGUGAAGCAAGCUACGAACGUUUGCCUCUUGGCUACUCUUAUGGUUACCUUCAGUCAUCACCAUCGGAAAUAUCCUAUUCAACACGAAGUCUGCUGGAAUGUGCCGGCCUCGCUCUAAGCAGCCAAUCAGAAUUCUUUACUUACAACAAAGUGAGUCGUGUUUGUAAGAAUUACUCACCGAAGAAUAUAAUGGCAAUCGUCAGCACGAAUGACACCAACGAGAUUUCAUUCUAUAAAAACAGUCAAUGGAUCAAAGCAUAUGCCCUAUCAAUGGGAGCUGGUUCGAAAGUCUAUGAAUCAUUUAUGAAUAUAGGAAGUCCUUCAACCUGGGAAGUAGAGAAAUGCGUCGAUACCUUUUGUCCUAACUUCUUCCGAAAUCCUAUUCUCGAUUUCUGGAGCGAUCUUCCCAUCGAAGAGGUGAAACUGGUGCUCUACGAAAACCAAACAGAUGUGGUAACUAUGAUAUUUGAUGGACGAAAUACAACCCUUAAAACCUGGUUCUCUCAGGAAAAUUUGAAAAGUUCACCAUGGGACGAUCUAGCUUCAGCCACAAAAUUGCGUUUCUCAGUGGAGCUAAAUAAGUAUAUUUACAUAUCUUUUUUCUUAUUUUCUUUCGUUUCGUUAUGUAGAGAAAUAUAAUAUUAAGAAACACUUUUCGUAGGCUACA